AUGAAGAAAUUGUCGGUGCCGCUGCUGCAGCGGCAAGCUCGAGGCUAUGUUGCCCAAUCUGCAAUGAAGACAUGGUUAGAGGCAUUUUCUAUGACCCUGCUCCAACUUAAUCGUCAUCUAGACGAUAAUCAUAAAAAUCUGGAAGAGGUCAAACAAGAUGAAGUAAAAGAUUGGUUCGAGAAACAAAUGGCAAAGGCAAAACGCUUCCAACCUCUCGCUGUACUGAACCAGAAAUUCAAAGGUCUAGAUGUCUUUGAGUCAAAUAAUGGUCCCAAAUCUCCGGAGAUCAGACCCGUCAUGUCGAACCCAGAGCCUGUACAGCAAGAGCCUGACGAUGUCAUUACGAAGACGCAUUGGCAACGGCGCGGCCCAGAUGACAAGUGUAGCGAACCAGCAUGCGGGAAAAGGCUCACAGCCGUCAAUGGCAACGUGAACUGCCGGCAUUGUGGCAAGCUGUUCUGUGAAGAGCAUACGAUGUAUCAAAUGAAGCUUUCUCGCUCAGCUCAGCACGAGCCUGUCCGAGGUCUUUGGAGUCGUGUCUGCGAGACUUGCUACAAGUCCAGGGAAGGGUACAGCGACCGCCAUGGAUUAGAGCAAGACGUCACCAAUGAUUUCGCGCAGCUACGAAAGCAAACCCUUGACAAGUCUCUACUAGAAAUAUCAAGACUGGAGACUCGUCUCUCCAAACUCACGCAGCUGCUUGUGAGUGCACCAUCGGAUCAAAGUUUGACCUCAUUGAAUAGCCUCUGGCCGUUAGCAAGCCCAAAGGCUCAACGAAAACAAUUGGAGCAGUCUAUAAUCGAUUGGGAAGACGAUGCAAAGGUAGCAAGAUGCCCUUUUUGCCAACAGGAAUUCUCUUCAUAUACCUUUCGACGACAUCAUUGCCGAUUAUGUGGUCGGAUUGUUUGUGCAGACGUAACCACUGGUUGUUCUCAAGAAGUGCCUCUCAACGUAGCUACAGUGACUGAUAUUUUGACAGAAAAGGCUGCCAAAGAGGUAGCUAUUGACAUUCGAAUGUGUAAAGACUGCCGGCAUACAGUCUUCAGCAAAGCCGAUUUUGCAGCGUCGAAAUCACAUAAGCCUCCUGAUGUCAAAGCUCACGAAAACCUAUUGCAAUUUGAGCAGGGAAUCCGCAUGAUGUUACCAAAAUUUCAGCGGCUACUGCUCAUUCUACAGGAUCCGGAUAAGCCACCUUCUUCCACUCAGCUUGCUGAAGCAUCUAGGACCCGCAAGCGGCUCGUUGACGCAUUUGGGCAUUACAGCACCGCUGCUAGGCGUGUGCGUGAUAUGCCGACAACUUCACCCACGCAGCAGAAAUUACAGCAAGCAAUUUAUCAGCAAAGCUAUAACUUCCUUCAGAUUCACAUGUUGCCCCUCAAAGCGCUCCCAAGGAUACUGAAACAUGCCACUACGCAUGGUCAAAACUCGAAUGCAAAUGGCAAGCCUACGGGUGCUCUUUCAUCCAUCAAGUACAACGAUAUCGACAAUGCAUCGCAGAUCAGUAGCAGCAGCGCCGUCUCGGCUCUCGAGGCCGAAGAGAAGACCUUGCGAGAGACUCUGAUCGUGCUUGAGGAACAAUUGUUUAUGGUAAAGGAGCAAAUGCAAGGUGCAAAUAAGCGCAGAAAGUUCGACGAAGCUGCUAGCCUAGCCAAGAAUGUAGAGGACUUGAGCUCUGAGAUUGACCGAGUACAAGGCCAGCUGGCGCAGCUGGAUUUUGCGGGCGCGUAUGGUGCCCCUUCUCCUCUAAUCGAUUCGGUGUAG